AUGUCAGCUCAGACCACCGACACGCCCGUCGCGGCACCUGCGCCAGCUGUUGCUGCUGAGUCUCAGCCCACCGCCGCCGCACUUGCCGCUGAGCCGACUUCGGCUGACGCUCCCGCGGCCGCCGCAAUUGCUGCCCCUGAGGCCCAGCAGGAGCAGAAGACUGAGCAGCCCGCCCCUGCUGCUCAGAAGCCAGAGGAGAAAGCCGAUGAGAAGGCUGAUGAGAAGGCCCAGACUCCCCUGUCUUCGCUCUUUGAGAAGCUGCCCACAAUCUUGGGCGAGGCCAAGCACAACGAGAUGUGGAGUGUGCAGCUCUCCGACGACACCCACGUUCCCACCACCGUUGUCCUGCAGAAGUUCCUCCGCGCCAACGACGACGAUGUCUCCAAGGCUGCUGACCAGCUUCAGAAGGCUCUGAUCUGGCGCCGUGACACCAACCCCCGCAAGCUUCUUGAUGAGGUCUCGUUCGAUGGAAAGAAAUUUGGCGAUCUCGGCUAUAUCACCACCCACAAGGACGCCCAGGGUAAGGAGAUGGUUAUCACCUGGAAUAUCUACGGAGCCGUCAAGGAUAAGAAGGCCACCUUUGGCAACGUCGACGAGUUCAUCAAGUGGCGCGCUGCCCUUAUGGAGCUCAGCGUCCGAAAGCUGAACCUUGACAAGGUCCAGACCCCCAUCCCCGAUGGCGGCGAGGACCCCUACCAGAUGAUCCAGGUCCACGACUACCUCAACGUCAGCUUCCUCCGCAUGGAUCCCGCCGUUAAGGCCGCCUCCUCGGAGACGAUCAGAGUCUUCGCCAUGGCCUACCCGGAGCUCCUCGUUCACAAGUACUUCGUCAACAUCCCCGCUCUCAUGGGCUGGGUCUUCAAGGCGAUGAAGGUCUUCCUCGCCCCCAAGACCGUCGCCAAGUUCCACCCGCUCGGCUAUGGUAGCGAGUUGGGCGGAGAGCUCCCGGCCUACAAGGACUCGCUCCCCAAGGAGUACGGCGGAAACGGCGAGAGCAUCGAGACCACUGGCCAGACCGUCAAGCUCACGGGGGCUGCGGCUCCUGUCGAGAAGCCCGCGGCUGAUGUCGCGGCUGAUGCUACCCCUGUCGCCGCCGCGCCUGCGGUGACUGAGACCCAGCCUGCCGCUGAGACUCCCACGGCUGCUGCCACCGAGACCAAGACCGCUGAGACUGCCAACCCCGCGGCUGUUGUCGGCGAGCCCGUCGUCGUUUCUGAGCCCGAGAAGGCUGCCCCUGCGGCCGCUGAAACUGAGAAGACCGAGGUUCCGUCCGUCGCCGACUUGAGCAUCAAUGACAAGAUCGAGGCCAAGGAGGAGGCCAAGCCCACUGCCGCAUAA